AUGGCCGCUCCAAUGAGGGACGCCUCGGCAGCUCCGAACCAGAACCACCCGACCACGGCAAACUUCGAGUACGAUGACAACGAGUGGGACAUAGGUAUUGGGGAUCUUAUCAUCGAUCUUGAUGCAGACAUAGAAAAGACGGGAGUGGGGGAAGGGAUGGCCGCCCCCAAACCUGGGAAGAUGCACUCCCCCGUCGAGCACCAAGCAACUGUCGACAAGGGCCUCAAGAUGAAGAUCAAGAGGACAAAGCCAGGCACGAAACAUGAGAUCGUUAAAUCUGGAGAAAAUGGGGAAAAGAAAAGGGGUAGUAGUGGCCACCGAAGAGAUAAGAAACAUGGAGAAAAACCAACCAGUAAAGAUGUUAAUGGUGUUCGCUGUGUUGAAAGAGUAGUUGUUCCUGUAGGACCAGUCUCUGCGAUAAAAGAAAAACGUCCUGAUGAUGCACCACCUGCAUUGAAAAAGCUUAAACCACAAAGCAGCAGUAACAGUAAUAGCAGUUCUUCCUCUAGCAGCAGUGGAAGUUCCAGUAGUGGACCAACUCUUGUUUGUUCACCUGCCCCUCCUCCUCUUACUCCACAGGUUCCACAACCGCCUAAUCUUCAUGUACUUCCAUUAUAUAUCUCUCCGACUAGUUCUCCACCGCCCCCUACUAUUCCAUUAGCAAAGGAGCUGGUGGACGUAUGUGUUGGGACUAGUGUUGGCACUAUUACUGAGCCUGAUUGUCUGGGACCAUGUGAACCAGGUACAAGUGUGACAUUAGAAGGAAUUGUUUGGCACGAGACAGAAGGAGUUCUAGUAGUCAACGUCACUUGGAGGGGAAAAACUUAUGUUGGCACCUUGUUAGACUGCACAAAACAUGAUUGGGCACCUCCAAGGUUUUGUGAUUCUCCUACAAGUGAUCUUGAUAUCAGGACACCUAAAGGUAGAGGUAAAAGAGGUAGAAGCGCAGCAAAUGCCUUACUUAAUGAUCUAGCUAAUUUCACUGAAACAAGAAGUUCAGUUCAUAGCAAAUUAAGGAGCAAUAAUGCUGUUGGACCAAAAGGUCGAAGAGGUCCUGGUGCAGCUAGUCCAACUCCUUUUGCAGCUCCCAAAACUGAAGCUACACCAAGCAAAAGAAAAACUAAAUCUCAUGAAGAAGAACCAUCUACGAAAAGAAAAGCUACACCCUCUCAACCAACAAGUCCUCUGCCACCACCAGUAUUACUAGAGUGUCCUGAACCAAACUGUUCAAAAAAAUAUAAGCAUAUUAAUGGACUCAAGUAUCAUCAGUCCCAUGCACAUGGUUCACCAGAUGAUGAAGAAACAAAAGAAUCUGGUACUUCUGAAGAAGAAGAUCCUAGUGUUAUAGUUGACAUCAAGAAAGAAGAGAACAAUGAAGUUACUGCUCCUCUAAUAGAUGAAGCAACUGAAACAGAGGAAAAAUCUCUCAUACAGUCUCCUUUUAGUAACGAAGAUUCACAUAACAGCCCUGCCCCAUUAAUUAGAGCUACUACACCUUCAACUCCUUCUCCUCCAGUCAUAGAACCUCCAUUGAAUAUCCCUUCUCAACCUCCUACAUUGACUAAAGUUCCUCCAUUCAAAGUGAAACCAGCCUCUGCAUUAAUGUCAGAAGAUAAAAAGGCUCUUUCCUCAUCUACAGUUAAUAAUACUGCAAAAACUCCACAAAAUCCUAAGAAAAAGAGUAGGAAAUCUCCUGCUAGUAGUCCACAUCCUAGUCCUCUCGAACCACCUGCAUUAGGCUUAGAAACUGGGCGGGAAGGUGUUCAAUCUCCGGCAUAUUCAGAUAUAUCUGAUGAUGCUGCUCCAUUACUAGAAUCAGAAGUAGAAGGUAAACCUAAAACUACUGAUGACAAAAAAGGUUGCCAAUCCCCACAACUUCAGCAUUAUGGUAUGUAUCCUUACUAUGGGCAGCCUCCAUAUUUGGUACCAUCUGUUUCUGAAAAAUCAAAAGAUAAUCCUUCAGAUAAAAUUGAAGGGAAGAUACCAGAAAAAGAAAAGAAGGAUGGUGACUAUCAUCAACAAAAGAUGUUGUCUCAACAUUAUUAUCAGUAUGGUUUUCAUGUUCCUGGAUAUCCAUUUAAUAUGGAUGGUUAUCCAGUGGUCAUCGAUGAUAAAAAAGAGGAAAAGUUGAGUCAGCCUUCUGAUACAAAACAGAUAACUACAUCAACAUUACACAUUCCAAAUCCCACUAAAAUAAAAUCAAACGAUACUCCUAUUUCAAAAGAAAAACAUCAAAAUGAUAAUCAUCAAAUUAUUAAAGAAAGCAUUGAAAUGAAGAAUCAAAUAAAUAAUUCCUUUAUUUACCAAAGGCAACAACAAGGCCAGGAGGAUGUCAGAAGGUUUUAUAUUUACCCUGAAAGAAAAGAAGGUUCUUCAACUAAAGCGACUCCUCCUCCCCAGAAGUCUCAUCCUAUACCUAGUCCCAAACAAAAAGAAAAAACAGAAGAAAAAAAAGACAGAGUAGAAGAGAAGAAGCAAGAAGGUGUUAAACCUACCAUGGAAACACAAGGUCCUCCACCUCCCCCAACUUCUCAAUAUGCUUAUAUUCAUCCUGGUUACAUGCAAUCACCACAUUAUGGUGCUUUGCCUUUUGAUCCUGGCCAUCCAAUGUAUAGAGGUAUGAAUCCUAUGCUUGUUUCAAGUUACCCAAAUUCACCAUACCUACAUCCACAGCUACAUGCUGUUCCAAGAUAUGCUCCUGAAGACCUUUCUCGAGGGCAAAGUGGUAAGGCAUUGGAUUUAUUACAACACCAUGCAAGUCAAUAUUAUACUCACCCUUCUCACAAAAUCCAUGAACUCCAAGAAAGAGCUAUUAAAUCUCCUACUCCAAAAGUAACCACUACCAUUUCUUCCCCUUCCUCAAGCUCAGUCACUGCUGUGCCUGUUACAUCUUCGGUUGCAACACAAGGGCAAGGCAAAGUAACUUCUGCUGACAACAAAGAAAGUAGGUCUCCACCUCCUCAGAGGCAUGUUCAUACCCACCAUCACACUCAUGUUGGUCUUGGUUACCCAAUACUUGCAGGACAGUAUCCAGCACCUUAUGGAGCUGCUGUACUGGCUACAGAACAUGCUGCUGCUAUAACAUCUGUACCAUACCAAGCCAAAUGA